UCUCGUUUCACUUCAAACUAAAUAAAUUGGAACUCAGAUUUUGUAACUAACCCGAAUCACCGGAUUAUCCAUUGGAUCCUUCGAGUGCGAGAUGGCUAGGCGUUGCCACUGGUUUCGGGUGUCGAGUGCCUUCAUGGUGCAGAUCAACGUCUUGCUGAUAGUGGUGGGAGUGCUCUUUAUGCUGGACGUUGUCGGCCACCACUACUUGCGGUCCCAGACUUUUCCCGGCCUCCCACUCUAUCCCGUUGGCCUGCGAGACUGGCUUCUCUGGGUGCGCGCCCUGACGUUGCUGGCAUACAUUCUAAACGCGAUUCUGGGAAUCCGUAUGGCCAAGAACCCGAGCGUCUUGAAGUUUGCCUUGUAUAUGGUGAUUGGAUUGGUGGUCCUGCUUUAUAACCUCACCAUCGCUUCCACACGGUUCAUGUACCGCCAGAAGUUUGAGUACUUUGCAACGCAAGUCACCCUACAGUGCUGGGCCAAGAACAUGAUGGACAAGUUAGAAGUAGAGUUCACCUGCUGCGGUGUGAUUGGCGUGAGCGACUACCAGAUGUCUUCGACCAAUCGCACCUGGUCUAGCGGCUCCUGCUGUGAGAAGCCGGAGUGUCCCGGAUGCAUCUCAAAUAUCAAAAAGUACUUGUGGACUAUCGAGAUGGAAGUGGCAAGGGACAACUAUUUCGUCGCAAUAUUUCUGGCGGCGACCCUGAUACUUAUGAUUCUCUUCUUCAAGGACGUGCAGUUGUAUGACGAUCCAUACGAGGAGGAAUCCGAGGAUGAUUCCGAGUAUGACACCGAGAAUUACAGUGAUGAGAUCCAGGACCAACCCCCCAGGCCUCAGGUGCCUCAAAGAGAUGUCGAAGCAGCCGUCCCUGACGCCGAUUCAGGAGCAAAAAACCAGCCUCGGUCCUCUCUGGUCAAUUGAAUUUUAAUCCAGCUUUCUUGGCGAACGCCUCUGGCAUGUCGUUUUAUCUGGUAGAUUGUUUCGGCUCAUUAACUGCAAAACCAAUUUCCACACAAUUAUUACAUCCAGACAGCUUCCACUAAUAUCGGUACUUAAUUAGCUCUAAAAAAAUGCUAGAAAUAAAGUUUAAUAGCUCCGAUCUGUGCCCGAGAAAAGCAAUAA